AUGGACAUAAAUAUGAAUAUUUAAAUGGAAGAUGAAAAGGUUUCUGUUCUUACCUUGAUUGAUAACAACAAACAACAAAUUUACAAAACACUUGAUAAAAUGGAAAGUCUAUUAAAAAUUCAAGAAGAUAUGUGCUAAAAGCAAGAAGAAACUAUUUUAAGAAAUUUAAAAUAAGAUUAAUAUGAAUAACUUGACUAACAAGCACCUACUUUAGAACAAUGUUAAUCAUCUUCUGUGCAACUUUUAGAAAAUAUAUAUUAUCUCAUUACAAAAAUAGAUAAAAAUUUCGAUCAAAUUUUAAAUAAUCUUCCUAAAAAUUCUUCAUAGAAUAUAUUCAAAAAGAAUAAUGAAUUAGAUUUGAUUGUAAAUAAACUUCUUCUUGAUGCUUUUAAUGAAAAUCUAGAAUCAUGUGGUUAAGUGAUAGAAGAUUCCAAAUAUUUAUAAAAUUAUUAGAUAGGCAAGUGA